AUGUCAAUUGUCAUUGUCAAUGUCAUUAUUUGGUUUCUUUCAUCUGAUUUGCUAAUAAAUAUUAACAUCAAAAAUCAAAAUUUGCUGUUACCAAAAAACAUUAUGUCAGAAUGGAAGCAACUUAUUACUGAAUGGCUUAAUGAAUAUGUAUCAUUACAAGAAAAUGAAAUAAAAAGUUUUGCAGCAGAGCAUGAGCACAACCAUGAGAUUGCUACAGCAAUAUUCAAUCUCUUAGAUUCUGAGGAUCAAGAUGAAGUACAAUCUAGCAACAAGGAUGAAACAUUUGAACAGAUGUUAGAAAAUGUUUGUGUGCAGUUAUUUAGUUUCUACAGAUCUAAAGAAAUUGAGUUACAACGAUUUACCUUACAAUUUGUUCCAACUUUAAUUCACAAUUAUCUUAGCUCUGUUGCACAAGGCUAUACUAAAAAUUGUCGGUGCAUAGAAACUCUGCUUAUUGGUCUGUAUAAUUUUGAAGUUGUUGAUGAAAGUGGUAAACCAAAAGUUGUGUCCUUCAGAUUGCCAUCCUUGGCCCAGUCUUCUAUUUAUCAUGAGCCGUUGUCCUUAGGAUCUCAAUUCCUUACUGAAAGCGCUUUACGAAGAUGGGAGGAGUGUAACACCAAACUAGUAAGCUGGGGCCCAUUGUCUCAAGUAGAGGCAAUUAACGCACAAAAUCGAUUGAAAGUCAUGGCCGCUUUACUUUUCAUUUAUAACAGACAAUUGAGCUUAUUACCGAAACUGGCGCUGAGACAUUUUUGUAUUGCUGCUUCAAGGAUAGUCACCCAAGGCUUCCAUAAAAAAGUGGGCGCUUUGAAGUCGAUACCCCGAAUACCGCUGUCGUCCAACUUGCUGCUGGAGAUGGUUGAAGGGGCAUACUUCGCAAUGUUCAAUGAGUUUUACACCUUAGCGCUCCAAGCAGUUAACGAUAUAGACCAAAGGGCACAAUACGAGUUAUUCCCCGAUGUAAUGCUGGUCACUAGUGCUGUGAUAAAUUCCUUGAAAAACAAUCCAAGCGGUCAACCAUGCGAUGGACCUAUGGGUAUAAGCGUAGCCCUUUCUCCUGCCACAACCACAGUUACCAUGUCUAAAUCUAUGAUCACCAAUGCGUCCUUCCGUACAAAAAAAUUGCCAGACGAUAUUCCUAUACAGCCGGGCCAGGCGGUAACAGCGGAGUCGGCAGAUGUUCUGACCUCCAUCACCGAAGAGGGCGAGGCUGAACAUGCGCCCAUUCAGCGAGGUGGGGCGGUGCGCAACUCCAAGCCCAAAUUGGGCUCCUUUCCGGUGCUGGGCAAGAAGAGCAAGGACAGCAAAGAGAAACCAGCCCCCGCUAGCGACAAGAAGCUCUCGUCCAAAGAUCCCUCUAAAGGCAUUUGGAACUCUCUUAGCAGCGGCGCUGGCGAUAUGGUGGACUCGCAGAAGGCCUUAGACAGUCCGUUUGACGCUAACACCGGCACUAAAGACGAGCUUUCAUUGAACUUGAUGCAUAACAGCGCAGACAAUUCAGAUAGCCGCUCUCAGGUCACUACUGAUUCACUGGAUUUGGAAGCGCCAAGUUCCCGAUUCGCCGCCAUGCAAGUUAGCUCCGUC